AGUUUCUUCAUGACAAUUGCACUGCUGACAACUGUGGUAACGGCAAUUGCGUUGAGCAAAGGCAGUGGUGGUGGUGGACCACCAAUCCGCCCUCUCAGUACUGCAAGUGCAACGAUGGUUACACACCGGAUCCAGUCUCAGGAAAUUGCACAGUAUCAUGCCCGGCCAUGCCCUGUCCAUAUGGAUAUCUUUGUGACACAUCUGGACUCUAUCCGGUCUGUAAGAAAGUUAACUGCCCGGCUAACUGUCCUCGUGACUGUGUUUGGAACUCCCAAAAGAGCAUCCAAGCUUGCCCAAACACCUGUGAAGCCAUGAAUUGUGGACCAUUGGAAGAAUGUGCGAUGGUAGGAGGUGUACCAACGUGUAAAUGCAGGAGUGGAUAUGUCGGCCAGGCGGGAUCUUGUGCUGCAACAUGCAAAGCUCUGUAUUGUCCCCCUAACCAACACUGUGUGGAGAAAGUCCCUGGAGGCGCUGGGACUUGCGAAUGCAUGCCAGGAUACGUUGCGCGAGGCAAAUACUGUGAUG